CGAACGAACGAACGAACGACGGAGUUCAGGUGGGCGGGGUUUUCCAUCCGGGUACUCGCGUGACCCUGCAGGAUAGCAAACAUGGCGGAGUCCUCCCUUGGGAAUCCAAGCCCAGGGGGCUCAGCGACUUGCGUUGACCAUGACUUCGACCCAUCAGCGGACAUGCUCGUCCAUGACUUUGACGAUGAACGCACAUUGGAAGAGGAGGAAAUGUUGGAAGCAUCUGACGAGGCGAACGGCACUGAGAUUGAGGAUCUGGCACGCGAAGGAGAAAUGCCCAUUCAUGAGCUCCUGAGUCUUUACGGUUACGGGGGUGCUUCACCGGCAGAGGAGGAUGAGGAGGAGGAUGAAGAACAGGAAGAAGAGGAUGAAGACGAGGAUGAGGAUGAUGAGCUGGACAAUGACGAAAGCAGCAGAGGCACCGGCGAGCUCAAAAGGAAUGAGGACGAAGGCGUAAAGAGCUCGACGGCACAGGAGGACGAGGCCCCGCCGACCACGGAGGGCCGCACGCGGUCCGUCCGGGGCUUCGGCACAUCCGAGCUUAUCCGUCCGCAGAAGCACAAGUACUUUGAAAGUAAUAACGAUGCAGAGGAGGAGUCAGAGGAAGAUGAGGAUUAUGUUCCGUCCGAAGACUGGAAGAAGGAGAUUAUGGUGGGCUCUAUGUAUCAGGCAGAAACGCCCACCGGCUUAUGUCAAUACAAAGAAAAUGAAAAAGUCUAUGAGAAUGAUGACCAGCUGUUAUGGAACCCCGAGUGCAUCCCCGAAAACAAAGUGGUGGCAUUUUUAAUGGAGGCGUCAAGACGCACGGGCGACGAGAAGGGCGUGGACGCCAUCCCAGAAGGAUCCCACAUCAAGGACAACGAACAGGCAUUAUACGAACUAGUCAAAUGUGACUUUGACACCGAGGAAGCUUUAAGAAGACUUCGCUUUAACGUGAAAGCGGCCAGAGAGGAGCUUUCCGUCUGGACCGAAGAGGAGUGUCGAAAUUUUGAACAAGGACUCAAAUCCUAUGGAAAAGACUUUCAUUUAAUACAGGCCAACAAGGUGAGAACUAGGUCUGUAGGAGAAUGUGUGGCCUUUUAUUACAUGUGGAAGAAGUCUGAGCGUUAUGAUUUCUUUGCACAGCAAACCAGACUUGGAAAAAGGAAAUACAACCUUCAUCCCGGUGUCACAGACUACAUGGACAGGUUGUUGGACGAGACGGAGAGCGUGGCCUCCAGCAGGGCGGCGUCGCCCCCUCCCACCACGUCCAGCAGCAGCGCCAGCCAAUCGGAAAGGGAGGACAGCAGCGGGCACAAUGGUCUUGCAGGCCACAGUUCCGGUCAUGUCGGAGACGGCGGCGCCCACGUUGUGCCGGAAAGCCAAGUGAAAGCGGAGCCGGCCGGCUGCAACGGCCCCUUUCCCACCUCAGACAACAACUCCAACGGAUGCAGCCGUCCCGGCUCACCGAGUCACCAGCGGAACGGCUCGCCGGAGCCUCCCGCCGACCAAAGAGACACGGCCGGACCGCACGACGGGCCGGCCAAGAGGAUCAAGAUAGAGACGGAGCCUUUGGCCCAAAGCCAAGCGGAAGCCACCGCAACGCAGGAGAACUGAGCAGCCCAAAUGAUUUCCCCACUGGGGAGGGCGUCAGCGAGGACUCCAUGAGCGGCUGCGCGGCCCAAAAUGGCGUCGAUCCUCCCUCCAGCGGGGGAACGAUUGUGACCCCUGCCAGUCUCUCGAGCCCAUCCAGGUAGCUCCCAACUUGUUCCCGGCCGGCGUCUCUCAUGACUUGACUGACAGGCUGACAGCGUUUUGCCAAGAAUCUCUCCUUUUCUAUUUGUUCUCAAAGGAAAACAAACCAACGAAUGAUUCCCAUUGCUAUUUUUUUUACACCAGAUAUUUAUAUUUUUUAACAAAAAGUCUAUGAUGGGGAUUUUGCUCAUUUGAACAUGUGAAGAGCAGAGCGUUGAAAAGGACCUUACGCCCAAGCCGAGGGAGGGCGGGCGGGCCAUCGUAGGCAAGCGGCUCACGUUGACUUGAGUUGCACUUUGAUUUUCGCGGCAGAAGCGAAGGGACUUUUUUCCUCUCGCAGAAAUAAACCGGCCGAGGUUUGUUUGUGUCAAGCCGCUGACAUCAGUGAUGUCCUGUAUUGACGCCGGCUGCAUUUUUGGCAACGGCCGCCUUUGCUUGGCCUUUCCUUUCGACUCGUCCGAAUGUCGGCCCUUUGUAAGCUUUGUAUAGAUUUUCCUACAUCCAUUGGUACAUUUUGAAAAAUUCUCCUGUCGCUCUUCUUUCUACGCUUUUUGGUCAAAAGCGGUUGUGAAAUAUACCACCGUAUGCCAUCCCAUUUUUUUCUUGCUUUGACUUUUUAGUCAAAGCGUUUUAGCUUCACCUUUGCUUCUUAAGGUUAUCCGACACGUUGGAAAGUCACUUUGAUUGGAGUGAGGCAAAUCCGCCAGCACCCCCAGACAUUUGAUGAAGUCGCCUCUGAAUCGUUUUACUCUCCAUUGCGACCGUUUUGCCCUAAAACACAUUUGCCCCGGUUAGUUGUUUGCAAUGUUUUGCUGCCCCCCCCCUCCCCUCUGUAAAUGACACCUAAAUAAAAACAACUGCAACAUAUAAAA